AUGAUCUUGAAUAAGAACUUAGAGCCUAUUACAAGCAUGUUGAUAAUUUCGGCACUAAUGCUCAAGGUAUUCACAACUAUAUACCAUGUUCUUAUUAUUACUUUAUUAGUCAUGCUGGAUUGCCAUACGGAUUAUGCCAAGAUUCUAAAAGCCUUUUAUAAAGGAACAGAAUACUAGGAAAUGAUAGAGCAGGCAGGCUAUGUGCUUGAAAAUUCUUAGAAGCUGAUGUAGGACAUUUAUGAUAUGGAUUAGAUUUUGCAUUAAAUGUGCUCUAAGCUCUUUAAAAUCACUAAAAAACUCAAGACAUAAGAAGAAUAAAGAGAAGAAGCUAGAGUUGCCUAUGAUCACUACAGAAAUAAACUCUAAAAAAUGGAAAAAACUCAUGCUAAGUCUACUGAGGCUAAGAAAAUAGAUGUUUACAAGAGAAAUGUUGAGAAAUUUAACAAGUCUAAAUCUGAAUUUGACACUGAAAACAGCAAGUUAGAUAAACUAAUGGAGCAAAUUUAGAUAAAAGGAGAAGUAAUUAUUGACUAAAUCUGCAUUAGGUUCACCUGUGAAGUGGAGAGCAAAUUCUUUAUUUAGCUUAAUAAAUCAUUUAAGAAGUUAGAGAUUAUUGAGCAACAAAUGACGGAAAUCUCAUAAUAUUGA